GGUUGAGUCAGCCUUAGUCCCUCACUGCUCUUCUCCUGGUCCCUGAAACUCGGCUGCCAGGGGAGCGGGGGCCACCUACGAAGGUGUCCCCUCCAUACUGGAUCCCUACAGGGAGCCAUGUGUGCCCAGUGGGGGCACUGCCCCAGCUGAUGCCUCAAAGGGGCCACCCAUCUCAAGAGGGGCUCUGGGCCCCACCUUACCUCCUCAUGGCGCAUGAGCCAGAGCCCGAGGCCGAUGGGCUGUUGGACCUCAGCUUCCUGACAGAGGAGGAGCAGGAGGCCAUUGCCGAGGUCCUGAAGCGAGAUGCCCACCUGCGCCAGCUGGAGGAGGGGCGCGUCAGCAAGCUCCGGGCCUCACUGGCAGACCCUGGGCAGCUGAAAAUCCUGACGGGGGACUGGUUCCAGGAAGCACGCGCCCGCCGGCACCACCAUGCCCACCUUGGCUCUGACCUUGUCCGAGCCUCUAUCCGCAGGAAGAAGAGCUCCAAGGGAGAACAAGCUCUGGGUAGCAGUAGGGAAACCGAGGCUGCCGGGAAAGAGACUGAAGAGGAGUUGGAGCCCAGACUCCUCAUAGACAAGGCCCCCGAGGAGAGGCUUAGUGAGGCAGAGGGACGUGAUUUCCCCUCACCAUCUGUCCCCCCAGAAGCAUCAGAUCAUGAGGAGGAGCCUCAGGCCCAGGAAGGUGAGUGGGCGGAGGUGUGCAGGGGAGCACAGGCAGGUCGUGAGGAUCAGAGCUACCUCCUCCCGGACAAGCAGAGCAAGCGCAAGACGGCCGUGAAGAAGCGGAAUCUGAACCCGGUCUUCAACGAGACGCUGCGGUACUCGGUCCCGCAGGCCGAGCUCGCCCGCCGCGUGCUGAGCCUGUCCGUGUGGCACCGCGAAAACCUGGGUCGCAACAUCUUUCUGGGCGAAGUCGAAGUGCCCCUGGACACGUGGGACUGGGACUCCGAGGCCAUCUGGCUCCCCCUGCAGCCCCGGGUUUCGCCCUCUCCUGACGACCUUCCCAGCCGUGGGAGGCUCUCUCUGUCCCUCAAGUACGUCCCCGCUGGCUCUGAGGGCGCAGGACUGCCCCUGAGCGGGGAGCUGCACUUCUGGGUGAAGGGAGCUCAGGACCUGGUGCCUCUUCGUUCCGGAUCCCUGGAUUCUUACAUACAAUGCUCGGUGCUGCCUGAUGACAGCCGGGCCAGCCGCCAGCGGACAAGGGUGGUGCGAAGGAGCCUCAGCCCCGUGUUCAACCACACCAUGGUUUAUGACGGCUUCCGGCCUGCUGACCUGCGCCAGGCCUGCGCUGAGCUCUCCCUCUGGGACCAUGGGGCCCUGGCCAGCCGCCAGCUGGGGGCCGUACGCCUCAGCCUGGGCACCGGCAGCAGCUACGGGCUCCAGGUGCCCUGGAUGGAUUCCACACCUGAGGAGAAGCAGCUGUGGCAGACACUCCUGGAGCGACCAUGCGAGUGGGUGGAUGGCCUUCUGCCCCUCCGAACCAACCUGGCCCCCAGGACAUAGGUGCCUGACAAGCCUUGGCAAACCUCUCUCCGGACCCCCAUCUCAGGGCCUGCCCUUAGUGGAAGUCAAUAAAGUCUAUUCUAAGGGCAA